AUGGCAGACCAGCUCCUCUCCACGGCGCGAUACGAGACCCUCCCUCUGAGCUACGUCCGCCCGGAGCAGCAACGACCAAGGCUCCACGAGGUCGUCGGUGACGACAACAUCCCGCUGAUCGACCUCGGGGGCGGCGACCGCGCCCGCAUCAUCCGCGAGACCGCCGAGGCCUGCCGCACUUACGGCUUCUUCCAGGUCCCCUCUCGAUCCCUCCACCCCCUCUGAUUUCCGGCCGAGAUUUCGUCGGAGCCUCAUCCCUCGCGUCCCUCCACCAGGUCCUCAACCACGGAAUCUCCACCGAUUCGAUGCAGCGGAUGAUGGCAAUCGCCCGCGAGUUCUUCCGGCUGCCGGCGGAGGAGAAGGCCGCCCACUACUCCGACGACCCCUCCAAGAAGAUGAGGCUCUCCACCAGCUUCAACGUGAAGAAGGAGACGGUCCGUAACUGGAGAGACUACCUCCGCCUCCACUGCUACCCUCUUGAGGACUUCGUCCCCGACUGGCCCUCCAAUCCCCCUCUAUUCAAGUAAGUGAGCUUCCCCCUUCCGCAGCAACCCUCCCGACGCAUCGCUCCCUCCCAAGAUAAAUAUCAUGCUUCCUCUAAUGCCUCAAUGACAUCCCUUCCACCCCCCCUGGUUGAAUCAUACGGUUUCCAGCACCUGGAGUAGUAAUUUAUGAAGGGGCGGCAAGACUGUCGGGGUGAACCUGGCGGUUGACCUCAAUCGGCGUUGACUUAAUUUCCAAGUCCGCUAGGCGCUUAGCUUAACCUCGGUUGAGAAUGAUAUAAUUUAGAAAUUAUUUUAAAAAUGCAUGAUCACUCUGACGAAUCGGGGCCGUUCAGUCCCUCUGCUUUGGACUCCGGGCUAUUAACGGCCACGUGUUUUCGUUAAUCAAGAGAGACAUCGGGUUAGGGGCUAAUCAACAGUUCCCCAGUACCGGAAGUUAAUAAUAAGACGUUAGCAGACAAGAGGGUAACUUGUCGAAGUAGCACGUUAGGGACAGGCUGGUCUGAGGGAGGGGGCCAAUCAAUUGACCAGCUGUGUUCUUCCCCUCUAUUUCUUUGACUUCAUAUUUUUGCCAAUUGGGAAUAGUUUUUUGUACAUGCAAUAGGUACAUGCAAUAAAAAAUAUCGGUACAGGCUGAUUUGACGUUAUCUGAAGGACGGGAUUGCUUUGGUUUUUUAUUUUCCUGUUCUCUGUUUCUCUGUUUUGCUCUGUUCGACGCUCUCUCUCGCUCUCCUCCGCUCUGGACAGGGACGUCGUUAGCGGAUACUGCAGGGAGGUGCGGCGGCUGGGGUUCAGGCUGAUGGGUAUCAUCUCGGAGAGCCUGGGGUUGGAGAAGGACUACAUAGUGAAGGUGCUGGGCGAGCAGGAGCAGCACAUGGCCAUCAACUACUACCCGGCCUGCCCGGCGCCUGAUCUGACCUACGGCCUGCCGGCGCACACCGACCCCAACGCGCUCACCAUCCUCCUGCAGGACCCGCAGGUGGCGGGCCUCCAGGUCCUCAAGGGCGGGCGGUGGAUCAAGGUGGAUCCCCACGCCUGCGCCCUCGUCGUCAACAUCGGCGACCAGCUGCAGGUGAGCUCCCGUUGAUCGCUGCUGCAGCAGGAGAGGGACUAGUUGGAGAGGGAUGCAUGGGGGGUGUUGAGGUUCUCUCAUUCUGUGUUCGCAGGCGCUGAGCAACGGGCAGUAUAAGAGCGUCUGGCACCGGGCGGUGGUGAACCAGGAGAAGGAGAGGAUGUCGGUGGCUUCCUUCCUCGCGCCCUGCAACACGGCUCUGAUCAGCGCGCCGGAGAAGCUCACCAGCGGCGGCACGCCAGCCGUCUACCGGGGCUUCACCUACGCCGAGUACUAUCAGAAGUUCUGGAGCCGGAAUCUGGACCAGGAGCACUGCCUGGAGCUCUUCAAGUGUUAG